AGAAUAAUCUACUCUCAACCUAGGUUAAUCUGAGAAGAUCUGAGGAUGGUAAUGUGCACUGAGCCUUGGCCAGACUCCCCACAUUUCCCGGUCUGAGCUGCAUCUGACUUCCCGACAUAGCCCCUGAACUGAUAACCCCCUACCCGAGUCUGACCGUUGUCUUUGGAGACCCAAACAGGUAUGCCACGCCAAAGUGACUGCUGUUCAAAAGUGUUUUUUUCCUGUUAGCUGACCCGCAGAGGCUGGGUAACUGUUAGGAUGAGAUUGGGUACUUAAACACGGUUUGGUUCCGGGUUGCCUUGGAGAGGCCUGAACCACAAACCACUAAUAUUUUAACUUUGCCAUACCUGGUAGACACAAUGCGUGAAAUAUUUGGUAUGUUGCAAAUUCCUAGAGUGUUAUCAGAUUAGGUCCCGUUUACUGACUGCAUGAUCCUAAGCAUUGUAGUUGUUCUUUCCACGCUACUUGCAGCCACCAUAUGUGGUUUUCUGGAUAGUCUUCUCGGGUUUAGUGGUUACUAGCUUCCUAGCUCAGAGGGAUUCCCGAGUUUGUGUGUCGAACACCCAGUUCACUCCAACCAUCCAAUGCUCCCCGACUAUGUUGGGCUCCGCAACCGCGCAGGACUCCCCGGCCACGCAGGGCUCCAUGCCCACGCAGGGAUCCGCGACCGCACAGGGCUCCGCGACCAUGCAUCACUCCCCGACCGCACAGGGUUCCCCAACUACACAAAGCGUAGUGAACACCCAAUGCGCCGCAGCAGAGGACCUAUCCAUGAAGUUAGGCAAAUGCCGGGCCUCCAUGGAAUCUCGUCGUCUAACGAUAGUCAAAGUAGCGCGAGUAACGCUAUCGUGCUCACUGACUAUUGACGAGGUGGUGGAGAGGUACCGCGCUGCUGGGGGGUCCUGA